UGUGAACAUUGCUGCCUUAGCCCAGGAUUGGUUUGGGUGCUGAAUUGUUUUAGAUAUGGUGAAGGUUGCUGUCGUUUUAUUGCGUUUCUUUGAAGAGCUUGGAUUAGAGGGUUUGGUGGUGCACCGAAGGAGAGCAAAACACUAUGCAGAAGUUAUUGAUCCUGUUCUUGGACCCUUAACUUGUGCUGCAGAACACCUCUUUAACUUGAAGUUUGCUGCAAAAGAACUCAGCAGAAACUCAAAAAAAUGUGACAAAGAAGAAAAGGCCGAAAAGGCUAAAAUUAAGAAGGCAAUCCAGAAAGGUAACAUGGAAGUUGCACGGAUACAUGCGGAAAAUGCGAUCCGACAGAAGAAUCAGGCUAUCAAUUUCCUGCGCAUGAGUGCCAGGGUAGAUGCUGUAGCAGCCAGAGUUCAGACUGCAGUGACAAUGGGCAAGGUAACAAAGUCAAUGGCAGGAGUAGUUAAAUCUAUGGAUGCCACACUGAAGAGCAUGAACUUGGAAAAGAUAUCUGCGCUAAUGGACAAAUUUGAGCAUCAGUUUGAAACAUUAGAUGUUCAGACACAACAGAUGGAAGACACAAUGAGCAGCACUACUACGUUAACGACGCCACAAAACCAAGUAGAUAUGCUUCUACAAGAAAUGGCAGAUGAAGCAGGUCUUGAUCUGAACAUGGAACUACCUCAAGGACAGACAGGUUCUGUUGGUACAAGCGUUGCCUCAGCAGAACAGGAUGAGUUGUCACAGAGACUGGCCCGCCUACGUGAUCAAGUUUAAGUUAAUCAAAGCUGCAGUUCUUUGUACAUGCUUUCAAAAUACCCUUAAUGUAACUAACACUACAGUACACUAGAAAGGUGUAUAUAGUGUGGCUUUUGUGUUUAAAUACUUGUAAGAUAUGAUACUCCACUCCUAGCUUGCUCUUCUUUCUAAAUACAUCAGGUAAUUCAAAUGUAUCAGCUCUCUAAUCUUUUUCUGUACAUUUUGAAGUUGAUAUAUUUUUUGCAAGGUCUUUCAUAAAAUCAAGCAGUAAUGUUGGUACAUUCUAGCUGAAAGAAAAGUAGAGUGUCUUUGAUAUAUUUUAAAUUAUGAGGUGAAUUUUUUWAAAUUAUGAAGACUGUUUAUGGUUGGAGAACUGAUGUUUUCAGUUCAGAUGCUUGCCGUAGCUAGCCUCCUUACACAGCCAGGCUCAUUGAACACASAAAGGUGGACAGUGUGGACUUGAUGAAAAUACACAUAUUAAAACAACAACUUCAGUCUGUAGAGGUGUUUUUUCGUUUUCUUUAACACUUUAAAUGUACAAUAAUAGUGCCAAACUUAAUGGUUUGCUUACCAAAAGUUGUUUUCUUAUGACUGGGGACUUGUAUGGUGUCAUCACUUUAGUACAGGAGGAAUAAAAUAUGUUUUCCAACACUUUGCCAGACCUGUUGAAUGCUAUCUCAUGGUUUAAUGCCGAGUCUACUGCCUCAGCGUCUCCCCUUUACCACCUUCUCUGUGUCAUUAGAUGCAGAGAAAACCCCUGUUUUCUUCUAUUUUGUGUUACUCUUUCAUGUAGACACUCUUUGCAUACAACGAAAAGCUUUAUCAUAGUAUUGUGCAUUUUAACAUUCUGUCCUACAUGAAAAAUAGGAGAGCGCUCUUGCUCAAGUUCAGGUCUUCAUAGUCCUCCUUGGUGACUCAAGGUCCUAGUGCUGGUUUUGCUAACCAGGACACUCCCUCGUAGCAGCUUUUCCUCUGCAGCCUCUCACAGGUGACACUGAUWUUUAAGUACAAGGUUGGGGAGAGUGAGGUGAGGAGUGGAUAAGAAUGUUUCAAGAUAAGUCUUMGCUUAUGCUGGUUUAGGAGGAGCUGCUCUUUUAUAAGACGCAGUGCUGCUCUCUGUGGUACGAUGAUGUGAUCUGUGAUACUCCAGUGAUGGAGAAGCUGGGCUUAGUUAUUCCUUCAACCUCUCUGUGUUUCUGCACAGCAAGAGGGAAUAYAGUGACUUCUCAGUAGCUUCAGACUUCUGCAGCUAUGAAGAAAYGGUGGUAGAAAUUUGAAGCUGAAACUACCUGUGAUAAAUAGCGUUGUAAACAUUUUUUUUUCCCCGACUCCUUGGCCUUAGUUUUUUUGUUUUAUUGUUUUAGGAGUGGUAUGAAGAAGGUAUGCAGCUUUAGAGUGACAAUUAACUCUUAAUUCACUGGUCUUUAGGAUCACAUGGUCUUUAUAGUGUUGUAGAAGUGUUUGAGUAAGAAACUGCUUGGCUUUUUUAAUCACGCAGGGUUUUCUUUGCGAAAGUGUACAGGAGUGAGGAGCUAUUUCARAACAGUUCCAGGCUACGUUUUGAAUGUUGACUUUCAUUAUUCAAGCCAAUGUGAACCUUUAUCAAKAUGUUAGAUAAUGAAGCAUUACUGUAAAAAUAAAAAAUAUAUAUUUUCCCACAUUUACAUUUAUUUUCAGUGCAGAAGUUACAUACGACUUAACUAGCUCAUACAGGGAUGUGCCAUUGCUUUGGUGAGUUUAUUUUACUACUUUUUUGAGGGACCUAUUGCUUCUUAUCUCAUGAUAGGGAUAUAGGGCUAAAUACUUGGCUAGUAACCAGUAAGUUAGUAGUAUGUGGUACAGUGAGAUAAAAAUCUACAUUGCACUUGUUUGUUUAUAGACCAAUAUCAUAAAUGUAGAGGUUUGGUAUUAGCUUUUAAAGAAAGCUCCUGUUUGUCUUGUUUUAACAGUAUAUGUUAUCAUGCUGCCUUUGAACUACCCUGACCAUCCCUAAACAUUUUUUUUGCCCAAAUAUUUAUGGGCAUUUUUUGCCCAUAAAUUUGCUUUUCUCAGUAUGUUGCCUUUUGCUUUGAAAAUAGGGGAUUUGGAGGCAUUUAAAAGUAGAUAUAGUUGGAACUGAUUAGAUACCUAUAAGGAAAAUAUCAAAUAAGGUGCAUUUUCUUACUGGCUAUGCACAACCAGUAUAUAUGCAGUUAAUAACUUCAGUCUUCUGGAAGGCCCAGGCUUGUGAACACUGGCAAAAGAAUACUCUUACCAGUAUAAUUUUUUUCCUAAAGGAAUUGAGAAAUAAGAGUAAAGGCUUGUAGUUAACUUACUGCUGCAGAACUAUGAUUUAAGAGGUAGGCAGGCUUAGCUGAUUUGAGGAAGAAACGUUUUCAAAACAAACCUAAGCUUAGCGGUGCUGGUUUCACUCUGCGAGUUGCUGUGUGCUCGAAGGGAGGCAGGAUUUUGUACUAGCCCAUCCUGUGUAUAGAUGUUCUGCCCUCUCCUGGGGAGAACUGCGUUCUUCUCUCUCCAGAAAUGUUUGUUGGAGAGAACUGGUGCUUGGAAAGGUUUAGCAGUUCUGUUUUUAAUGUGUGUGAUUUCCUGUAGUCUUUUGGAAAUGCUUAAAACUGAAGUUACUCUUUGAGCAAGUUUGACUCUUGUAUCUUACUUUAUAGAAACAUUUGCUGUCUGUUUUCUGAACUCUUCUUACUUCCAGCUCUGUUGCUGGUGUGGCUUGUAAGUUGGCUGUGUAUUUUWGUAGAGGUUAAUUUCAUGUUAAAUAGAUUAAUGAGUUUUUAUGUUACAUCAUUGCCAGAUGCUAUC